AUGUACGAGCCCACUACCUCGUUGAAUCUUCACCGGCUGAGCCGACAGAGCCUACAGAAACGAUACGAGUCAGACGAGGAAGAUGUAUCGGAAUCGGAUGCUGGACCAGACCUGGUCCCUUCACUAGUAGGCUCGAACCGAGCCGGAACCAUCGAUUCAGAUCUCAGUGCCGAUGAAAACUCGCACACAGAUCCAGACUCAGACCGAGAAGAGCAUCUGUUGGCUCCAUUCCAAGUAGCCAAGAGGCCACGCCCCGUCUCAAUGGAUACGGUGAAGCGAAGCAGUGAUGCAACCUUCGGGGAAAACACCCGUGUGUUUGAUCUCGAAGACGAUAUGGUUCUUGAGAUUCCGCUGCCAGAGAGUCCUCCUGAUAUAGAUCCCAAUCUCUACCUACAGCCGGCCAUCUAUGUCUCGCCUGAUACACCGCCGACCAACAACCGAAGAUCUCGCUCUUCGUCCCCGUCGUCCAUCUUUUCCGUGGAGAAUGCCGAAAUCCAGAUCGCCAAGAAGAUCACCUUGAUGGAGCCACCGACCCGUCCAACCCUAGUCUUCAUUAAUGCCUUGGGAUCACGGUCCAAGAAUUCACGGGCAAGACCAAGCCAUUCCCGAACACGAGGCAACGCCCGUAACAGGGAAUCCCGCAUCUUCGACGGGAAGCUAGAAGGCAAUCUCCAGGUCCCCCGCCUGACAGACGUCAAAUCAACAUCACCAAGACUCUCCGAAGGCCACUCAACAGACCGAGAGGACUCAACUCACACAACCCCCGACCUCUCAAACCUACCCAGGGACUCCUUCAUCGCACUACAAAGCGCAAGCGCAACCAUAAGCAGCGUCUCCGACAUCCCCGUCCUCCCCUACUUCCCCCCCUCCCCACACCAGCGUCCCGUCUCAACCCUCCGCCAACGUCCACGCACCUCCGGCGCCGAGAGAUCAUUUCCCACUCUCGCCGCCCUCCGCUCACCCCGACGCCCUACAGAACCAGGUCUCCGUCCACCCUCACUCCGCAGCAACAGCGGCAGCGCCAGUGGCAGCUCAAACAGCUCGCCCUCCUUUCCUUCACGCCCCGCCUCCCCGUCGUUCCGGGAUGACCCAAGAAGUUACUUCGUCCCGGACCACCACCAUCACCACCACCACUACCACCACAGUGACGCUGCAUCCCUCUAUUCCCGCGCUCCCAGCCCGGCUUCUACAUGCUCCUCACCACCCACGCAGCAACAACAAUACCCUAACAGCUCCAAGCGUGGACCCACCGCUGCUCAACCUCUAACACCGAGCAACCCCAACAUAAUCCCCCACCGCUCCCCGAUGAUGCGCCGCAUGACGCGGAAACAUUCGGCCGCCUCAAGCAUCCAUUCCAUCAGCAGUUUGCGCUCGGAAAUGGAUACGAGGGAUAUGAGCGCCGCUGCGUAUGCGGCUUCCAGCCAGCCGGCUGUUAAUACGAUUACUUAUGAUUCUCGACCCGUGCGGAAAACGAGCCAGAGACGCCAUGCGAGACAUGCCAGUUCUGCGGCUAGUGGUGGCAGUGGGCGUGGGUUCAUGGGUUUGAAGCUUGGGAAGAGGGCUUUUAAUAAGGUUUAG